UGAUUCAUGGAACUUUUUGUUUGUAUUUAAUCAAUAGAUGACGGUUUUGAAGAUGGCAAGUUUCCUUCAAAUAUUUUUCCCAUGCAAUAAAUGUUUUGUUGUUGAUGUAACAAAGCUUGUUCUGAUUUCUAACAUGGUUUAUUUUCAAAAAAGUGGGCAUUCCUGAUCAAUGCACACACGAUAACGUGUCUAUUUUUAAAAAAAAAGUGAACAAUGCACAACCUGAACGGAGAAAUGAUGAAAAGUAAGUAAUAACAAAUCUAUUGACAAAGUUACCUCAUUAACCAAUAGAUCUCUCAAAACAAUUUCUGGGAAUAAGCUAAGAAUAGGGCUUAUCAUGUUCCGUUCAGAGGGGAAAGAAAAUAUUUAUUAGGACAAUAGCCAUUAACGCAUGAAACACUCGUGAUCGCAGUUUUGUCUCAUCGAUAUAUGAGUGAAUCCGACUCCCAUUUAGAUGGUUCAAUCAAGUUCCCCUUUCAAAAAUCAUCAUUUCAUAUGCAUUGACGGCUACGGAACCAAAACGAACCACAUAAAACCAGAGAAUUCUCAAUUAUUUCAGAGUCUUGUUGAUGUGCAGCAAGCAGAAUCUCUCCCAGGAAAAUCAGUACUGGUGUACACUACAUACCGUAUAAAUAUUACAUGGGAAGAAGACGUUUGAGGUGCUGCUCUGUGAUUGGUCCACGCUCCAGCAAAAAGUACCUUGCAACAAAUUCGUCUCGUCUACCUUAAUCAAAUUUCAUCUCCUGCGCUUAUGAAGAACAUGAUAUGAGGAUUCCACUUCAGAAAUAAAACCACGAACCAAUAAGCUUACUCUUUCAUUUCAAGUAAUAAUACGAUAUUGCAUUUUGGAGACGAGAUAUUUGCCAAAAGCUGUUUCAUUUCUUGUACGAGAGGGCAGUAUGAAACUCCUUGGUAACUCAGGUAGACAUUGUACUCUGCAGAAAUGAGGUUUCUCCGAACGGCUAGCUAGCUUCUCAAUUUCUGUGUCACUCCGUGUGUUGUGAAGGACCCACCUCGUUCCAUAGGGGUUUUCAUUUCAUAGUUGUUGUGUUUUUAAUACAAAGAAAAGGGAAUAUGAGACUUCUGUUAACUCUAUCCGUGUUUUUGGCAUGCGCUUUCGCUCAAGAGGACUUUGACAAUGAGCAGAAGGAAUUCUAUUUGCCCUACAGUGAAACUGAGGAUGUGGACUUCAGCUUGAGCCAAGAGAUGAACAGUGGAUGCUAUCAAUGGAGCACUAAUAAUACCGAAGUGAUUCGUUUGCAUCCCAUCCACACCAACUAUGAAAUGCUCUGUGGAUCGCGCUUGGAAUUCCAAAUUAUUCCCAAGACAGCCAAGGGAAAAAUUACCAUCAUGAUCACGGCAGAAAACGCGGACAGCGGUUAUGAUUCAGAUGCCCCGGCCGUGGUGGAAUAUUUGCUUCAUGUUCGUCCCGUGGCCAAAUUGGAGGUGAUGGGCCUCAAAACAGAAUUGGAAGUGGGGGAUGAACCCGCUCCAUUUGGCGUGGCCGGGUUUGAUGAAGAGGACAAUGAGUUCGAUACCCUCGAUGGGGUUCAAAUCGCCUGGUACAUUGGAUCCAAACGAGAGGUUGCCUCAUUCCAAAAGCAUAACCAAAUGGGACCCAUUGUGAAGGUUAUUGCUCAUCAUGCCGGAAAAGGAGCGGUUAUGGUCUUGUUGAAUGAUCCAAACUACGAAAAUGUGGACCCCGCUACAUUGGAAUUUUCCGUGAAGGCUCCUCUGACGGUUGAGCCGGAUGGCGUUUUCUUGUUGGAAGGUGGCAUGGCCAAUUUCAAGUUGCUCGAGAAAGGAAUCGAUCAAUAUGGCAAGACCUCCAUCCAGGAAUUGGACGUCAGUUCCGAAGACUCAGACUACACUUUCGAGAUCAAAGAGCCAGAAAUUGCAGUACUUGACAAAGCCACCAGCAACGUCACAGCCCUGGCCUCGGAAGGAGAAACCACUCUAUUUGUGAAAAACUCCGAAGGCGAAAUUGUGAAGGGAAUUCCAGUGCGUAUUACAUCGGCUCACAAACUUCUCGUGAAAUCAUAUCCCGAUCCCGAUUCCAACCAAUUGAUCCUUGGGCAUACUUAUGACAUUCAAAUUGAGGUCUUCAACAGAGAUGAACGACCAAUCUAUCCAUCAAAGAACAUUUUGUGCAAAACCACCUUUCCCAAACAAUUUGAAGUCGUGGAAAUCAGCGAGAAUGGACUCUUUGCGAGAGUUCGAGCCGAAUCCUUGGGUCUGGGCAAGAUCAAGGCCAGUUUGAGAUCGGUUUUGGCGGAGGAUGACGAAGAAAUCGAGAUUGUGCCACAUGUAAAAGGAAGCACUGACUUUGAGAUCUACGAGUCCGUUGUCAUUAAGCCCCGAGAAACCAUCCUCCCUUGGGAUGAGAAUUCACAGACCUCUUUCGAACUGAAGUACACGGCCACUGGUGGAGGCAAAGUUUACACAUGGAGCACUGACAAUGAAGACUUGGCUACUAUUGACAACGAGGGCAAGGCCACCACUCACAGCGGACCGGGCGAAUUCACUGUGACAGCCGCGAUGGUGAAAGGGACGCAAAACUACGACCAAGCCAAGGUUUACAUUCUCCCUGUGACUCAGCUCGAGUUCAAGGAAUCUCAUUUGGAAGUUUCCCAGUCAACUCCUCUCACGUUGGCCCUGAGAAUGUUCACAUUUCUAAAAGGCGAUGACACACCAGUCAUGUUCACUGACUGCGCCGAUGUUCCAUUCAAAAUUGCCCUUUCCGACAACAAAAACUACGAAGUUGAAACCACACAUGAGCGAGGCAAUAACCGUGUCCAUGAUUCAUGUGCCUCCUUUGUGAUCAGUGCCAAAACCCCGGGAACGACGUGCAAGGUGACCGUUUCCUACGUUGAACCGAGUACUGGAAGAAAUCUCAAGGCCGUUACUCACAUCUCAACUUACAGGAAUCUUGAGACCAUCUUCCCCUCUCCUAACCCCAGGUCUAACAACAAAAGCCAACCUCCAUUGAUAAUGAGUAUUGGAUCUUCGGCCGAUGUCGUUUUCCGGGGAGGACCAACUCCGUGGAUGAGCAAGCCUUCGGCCCAUUACAAACAAGUUGAGGUGGACGAUCCUGAGAUCGCGAAGGUGUCAAAGAUCUCCGAGACCGAGAUUGCCGCCCCUAUUUUGACGGGAUCGUAUAGUGACGUCACCGCCUAUAAGGUCACUUGUUUAUCCAAGGGAACCACUUUGGUCACUUUCUUGAUUGGAAACACACCUUCAGCCACCAAUAAGUUCCCUAUCGUUUCUGCCAAGGAGGUAACAGUCCAAUGCGACAUGCCGGCUAAGCUGGUUAUCAAAGCAGAGCCAAGAAAUCACGAAUUGGAUGAUAGCAAAUAUGUGGCCAAUCCUGAGACCAAUAGGAUCAUGGCGCACAAUCAUAAGGACCUUCUCCUCACCUUGACAGUGAAGAAUGAGGCCGGAGAAACCUUCCACAAAAUUGAUAGCCUCAGAUUCAACUACCAGAUCUCCAAUGAAGAACUGGUCCAGAAGACCACCAAAGUCUUUGACUCCCCUGCCGUGCCUUUGGGUCCAGAGUUCGGGAUCUUGACCAUUCCGAGCAAAGCCUUCCAAUCUUUCAGUCCCUUGGGCAAAAAGGGACCACUGGAAAUUGAAGCCUAUCUAGAUGGAUACAAUGAAGAGGUCCUGAAAGCCGCUGGAAUUGAGAACCCGGAGCCUCUGCCCAAGGUCGUUCUGGAUGAUGACGAGGAUAUGGAGGAUGAAGAGGAAUACAAUGAGCACAGUCACCACCUCAUCGACAGUCUUCAGUUUGAAUUGGCCACUGAUGCCGAGGUUAGCGCUGUCCGUAGAAGCUUGAAUGCCAAUAAGUGAUAAAUCUUAAAAAUUAAGCAGUGCUUCCAAUGUUAACGAGGAAAGCCUAUAAUAAAUCCAAUUUGUCUUAGAGUUACAAUGAU